GCAUCUGUCAAGCCCACAUUUAAACUGCUGCCUGCCUGUGCAGCAGCUGAGGAACCGUGGAUUUCAUAUUAUAAACUAAAACCCCAGUAAAACUGCUCAAAAUCCUUCCUGCAGCUGACAGGCAACAACGAAAAAGAAUCAAAUCCUAUUCUAUUCCAAUACAAUCGCAGCACUACAUUCUAGCUCUGGCUGCUUUACAUUGCAGCUCAGUGUUAUUACUAGAAAUAUGGAUACUGAGAAGAGAAUACAGCACUGCAUUGUCCGGCCAGGAAAACAGCAGAUGUAAAAAGCUUCAAUGCAUCAACUGUCGGCAAGAGUCAACAGUGCUCCGAAUAGAGCGGACAACUACAGCUCUUUUGUUUAAAGAACAAGAAAGAAAAUAAAAGAAAGGAAAAAUCUCAGACGACCAGGACCCAUAUGAACAAGAAGGGUAACUCGAAGACAAGCAGACAGAUGGACACUUUGGAUACUGUGAAAAGCAAUCGCAGGAGGCAGACUAUUGGGGGAUGUGCGCAUGUUCGAUAGCAUCUUUUUUGCUGAAGUGAUGGCGUGCCAAAAGUAUUUUCAGUGGGUAUAAUCCUCUCCACAUAAAUGGCCUGACCAAGGAAGAAUGACUGCAUGGGAGACAACCUGGCCGAAUUAAAAUAUGAUUACCAAAGAAUAGUAUUGAUUAAAAAGGAAACAUUUUCAGCCACCAGUAGUAUCUCAUAUCCCAUUUCUGGAUAUUUACAACAUGCUUCAGUGGAGGAGAAGACAUUGCUGCUUUGCAAAGAUGAGCUGGAAUGCCAAGAGGUCUCUGUUCCGUACACAUCUUAUUGGUGUACUUUCUCUAGUGUUUCUUUUUGCUAUGUUUCUGUUUUUCAACCAUCAUGACUGGCUGCCAGGCAGAGCUGGAUUUAAAGAAAACCCUGUGACAUAUACUUUCCGAGGAUUUCGUUCUACAAAAAGUGAGACAAACCACAGCUCUCUCCGGAACAUUUGGAAAGAAACAGUCCCUCAAACUCUGAGGCCUCAAACAGCAACUAACUCCAAUAACACAGACCUAUCGCCACAAGGAGUUACAGGGCUGGAGAAUACACUUAGUGCCAAUGGAAGUAUUUACAAUGAAAAAGGCACUGGACAUCCAAAUUCUUACCAUUUCAAAUACAUUAUCAAUGAACCUGAAAAAUGCCAGGAGAAAAGUCCUUUUUUAAUACUGCUAAUAGCUGCAGAACCUGGACAAACGGAAGCCAGAAGAGCUAUUCGGCAAACAUGGGGCAAUGAAAGUCUAGCACCUGGUAUCCAAAUCACACGAAUUUUUUUGUUGGGCGUAAGUAUUAAGUUAAAUGGCUACCUUCAACGUGCAAUACUGGAAGAAAGCAGGCAAUAUCAUGAUAUAAUUCAACAGGAAUAUUUAGAUACAUACUACAACUUGACAAUUAAAACACUCAUGGGCAUGAACUGGGUAGCAACAUAUUGUCCACAUAUUCCAUAUGUUAUGAAAACUGACAGUGACAUGUUUGUCAACACUGAAUAUUUAAUACAUAAGUUAUUGAAGCCAGAUCUGCCUCCCAGACAUAACUACUUUACUGGUUACCUAAUGAGAGGAUAUGCACCUAAUCGGAACAAAGAUAGCAAAUGGUACAUGCCACCAGACCUCUACCCAAGUGAACGCUACCCUGUCUUUUGUUCUGGGACUGGUUAUGUUUUUUCUGGAGAUCUGGCAGAGAAGAUAUUUAAAGUUUCUUUAAGUAUCCGUCGUUUGCACUUGGAAGAUGUAUAUGUAGGGAUCUGUCUUGCCAAGUUGAGAAUUGAUCCUGUGCCCCCUCCCAAUGAGUUUGUGUUCAAUCACUGGCGAGUUUCUUAUUCAAGCUGUAAAUACAGCCACCUAAUUACCUCUCAUCAGUUCCAGCCUAGUGAACUGAUAAAAUACUGGAACCAUUUACAACAAAAUAAGCACAAUGCUUGUGCCAAUGCAGCAAAAGAAAAGGCAGGCAGGUAUCGCCACCGUAAAUUACACUAGAGAAGACAAUUUUUUUUCAAAUGUGCAAUCUGUAAAAUAUUGCUAAAAGCAUGUAUAGUUAAAACUGAUUACAUCCAUAGGACAAGCUUUAGUUAAAACUCAUCACAUAAAGGAAUUCAAAAAUUAUUUUUUUAAUUUCUGAAGGUAAUUCUUAAAAAUACAACAUUAUAUAACAAAACGUAUCCCAAAAGAAUCUAUUAAAAAAAAAAAACUGUGUAAGGGGAUUCUGUGUAUUAACAUGCAAUAACAAGCAUGCAAACAUCAAUGGUUCAAGGCUUUUGUUAGGGGCCAAUAAGAUGUAUUUUGCAUAUAUUUUCCUCAUAAAUUUUAAUUUAAGAAAUGGAGACAGUCAAAAGACCAUUUUAGAUUCAGUUUUUCAUUUUAACAUAUAAUUAAAUGUAAAUAAAACAUUACUGUCAAUCUUAAGGAAACUUUGUAAUUGUGCAAAGGACAAACUUUCUGACCUGACUAUUCUAGGGUUCUAAAACUAUAUUCCAUGCAAUAAGAUUUAGUUAAAUUACUCUACAAUUUAUAAAGUUCAGAUGUUUCAUCAAUGCAAUUCUCAUCUAAGUAUUCACCUUUUAAAAACUGAGAAUAUUCAGUUUCUUUUAUUAGUACAUAUAUCGAGGGAAAUUAUUUUGACAUGAUGUGAUAAAAUGUGAAAAAUCAAUGUGUCUCAGGCUCAAGUUUUUAUAAGAAAACAAAAAGUAAAUGUUUCAAAAUAGACAGUCUGUUUCCUAGUUGGUGUUAAGGGCCACGCUAGUAUUUCAAUGAGUUAUUCUAUUAGAUCAGUUAUGCACUCUUAAGGAGUACUACCACUUAACUUCAAGGGUAUCGUAAAAAUAUAUCAUGUUCCUCUAACAGAAGCAGAAGUAAUUACUUAAAGGCAAAUAGAGAAUGUACUGUUGAAAAAAGAUACAGGACAAAGAGUGCAGCAGCAGUUUCAUUCAAUACAUUUUUAAGAUGCAUGUCUGCCAAACUGCAACAUAUGGGAAGUUUAUUUCCUGACAGCAGGUGUACACAUGCCAAUACUUAAUCAUUUUAUGGCGUCUACUUCUUUCUCGGAGUGCCAAGUUUACAAACCGGCAGUUUUUAAUUCAGGUAGAUGACAACUAUUCUGUGUCACCAACUUCAAACCUUUUUUGGGAGGGGUGGGGGAAAACUACAAAUGUUUGACAAACACUUGAUUCUAGGAUGACAAUGUAUACAAUGCACUUUUACCAAGUUUUUAAUAAAAAAAAAAAGUAAAAAAAAAACUUUACUGAGUGUUACAGUACAAAUAUUUUCACAGUAAUUUUGUUUGGCUCCAUUACAAAUUUUAAAUAUCAAGAAAUAGUAACCCACUAAGUAUAAAAGUUUUUUUAUUUCAUAAAAGUAUGUAAAACUUAAUCUAAUGAAGAUUUUACUUAUCUUAUUUCUAAUGACAUUUUUAUCCUUGAUUCUAUUCUGAAGAGAUAUUACAUCAAAACAGAACUGUUAUGAUUGUUAUUAACAUUCAGAAUCACAGAAACUGUUUAUGUACUUAUUACUUAAUAUGUUGGAAUUCUAUUUACAUGGAAUUUAUCUCCCAUUUUCUAUUCAGUAAUCGAAGUAUUCUAUUUUACAUCAAGUAAUUUUGAAAGCCAAGCUAUGUAACAUCCCCAACUCUUGGUUAAGUCCAUUUUUCACUUAACUUAUUCAAUAGAAUUAUAAAAAGACUAAAAUUACUAAAUGGGAAACUUACUAAAUAAAGGUCACACGUAAAAGGAUAAUACCAAAUUAGAUAAGUCUGAUGAAAGACAAAUAUAAUCCUUUCUUCAAUGUAAAAUAAUUCUCAUUUAUUUAAUUAUUAUUUAUUUAUUUAUUUGUUCUCUCACUAUUUACCUAAAUUAUGAUUACAGUGCAGGAUCUUUAAAUAUAGAUUUUUUCCUUCUGGAAAAAUUCAAGUUUAAAAAGUUGACUUAUGAAAAACAACACAACUAAAUUCCACCCAGCUUAGACAUCAAUUUCAAAUCAUUUCAAUAUCCCUGAGAAUACUAUCUUGAGAACUGAUAGUAAGCUGCUAACAUUGAGUUCUCAAAGAACACUAGAUCAAAUAAUAAAGUUUCCUACUACUGCUAAAAAUCUUUAUUUUAAAAUAAACAUUCCAUUAAUUUAUUUUUGACACUUCACUCUCAAUGUGCAAGAUUAAUUCUUCAGAAAAUAUGAAUUGUUAUUAUGGUAUCUCAACAUCUCACUCAAGUAUUAACUGUGCCUUAUUAAUGCCCAGUACUAUGCGAUUUUAUAAUUACACAUGAAAAUAUAAUUUUAAAUAUAUGUACUGCAUUUGAUCAAAGAAAAAAUUCAGGAACAACUAUAUAAUCUUUAUGCUCAAAGUGUUAUGUUAGGGGAUAAAAAUAUCAAAACUUUCAAUAGUUACACUAGUUCAUUUUCAUCAAGAUUACAGGUGAUUAAAUUCUAAUUUGAGCAAUUUAAAUUUUUCAUCUCUUUGUAUACAGCAGAAUCAUAUAACUUCAACUGGAAUCUUACUGAUAUCUAUUAACCAAAAGCCCUAUGAAAAUAAUACAAACAACAGCAGCAGGAACUAUUUACUGAUAGAGCAUACACUAUAUGCCUGGUACUAUGUUAAACCACUUUACAUACAUGACCUCAUAGAAUCCUGACAAAUAACACUAAGAGACAGGAAAGGAAGAUUCAUGUAAGAAGUUAAAUAACUAAGAUCACACAGCUAAUAAAAAUGCAGCAGGGUUCCAUCUUUAAGACCAUGUUCUCAACCACUAUGUUAUCUACUAUAUAUUUUACAUAUGACACCUGCUAUAAGGUCUAAAGAGCUAUGGCCUGUCCUCUAUUCUACUAUUCUCUGAUUAUUCUUCAUCUUUUGCCAAGUAAAGCUUCAUAACCAUUUUCUUACACUGGGGGGCUACCUGAUAUUAGGUACAAAUAAAGAGAAGGGAAAAGAGAAGAAAUCUGAUCCCUCCGUUAUUUUUCUUUUCCAUUUCAAUUGCCCACAAUUUUCCUAAAACCUUAGGAAAUCUUAAGCAUUACAGCUUAUCUCUUGCUUCUUUGGGCACUCAUACAUCUGUAAACAACAGGCAUGUUCAGUGAGAAAUUCUAAAAGAUGCCUAUCUGAAGCACAACUGGGUCAUUUCUAAUAGACAAAAGUAGCACUGUAUUUAUUCAGUCUACUGUUAGUCACCUACUGUUUUGGAAUGAGGUGGUAAAAUCCUUUUACCAAGUUGAUUUUAGGUUUGGGGUUUUGCUUCCCCCCCUCCCUCUGGUUUUUACUGUUCAACUAUAAAUUUUGACUAUUAAAUUAACAUAGGUUUAAGAAGACAAAAGAAUAUCGCUACUAUGCAUACAUUUCUAAUAUAUACCUCACACAAGAGUAUCAGUUUAUCACUUAAACAUUACUCCCAGAAGACAAGUAAUGCACACAGACACCAAAAAGUGACCGUUUGAGUUUUAGGAAGAAACCUGUCCUGCAUUUGUCACAAAACACACAAACACACCCUCCUCUAAGUAUGAUGUAGCUCUAAAUCUUACUACUUUCAAGAUACAAUGUGUCAGAAGAGAAAGAAAAUAUUUCUGUAUCUUUAGGAGGAAUUGUUUUCUCUCCCUUUACCAAAGCAAAUGUCGGAGCUAAAGGACAACUGGAGCUGAAUUAAUCGCUUCAGUCUGUUUAUUAAUCUAAUUAUUCCAACUUCUAAAUGGAUUCUACAAAUUCUAAAAUGUAUCUCACUUUCAUCAGUAUCCUAAAUACUGAAAAACAAUAGGUCAAGGGCAUCAUAAAAAAAUAUUAAAUAACAGAAAACCGUUAACAUCAUAUGUAACAGCCUGAACUCAUGCUUUUAGGAGUUUUUAAGUAAAUAAAACACACAAAUUUAUAAGCAGAAUAAAACUACUUAAAGGUGUUUUUCAUAAUUAAAAUGUAUUAACAACAUAUUAGAUAACAGAGAACAUGAGAUUUUGAUAGCAAUGAGAAUAUUUUUUUAGCAAUGAGAAUUUUCAAACAUACUGAAAGUUUGAAACAAGUUAAUAAAAACAUAUUACAACAAAAAAUUAUUUAAAGGCAUUUGAUAAAACCGUUUCCACUUAUGAUUUAAAAAAUAAAUACUAACUUAAAAUUUAUACUAGAAGAAAUUACCAGAAGCCAUAGCCAAAAUCUAAUUAUCAGACAAAAUUAAGAAUAGAAAUAAAAAUGCUCAGUAAGCCCAUAACUAGACAUGUUUUAUGGUUUAACAAUAGUUUUCAAACUAAUUUGCUCAGGUGUCUCAGUAAUAAUUAGUAACACCAGGAGACUGGUGUUCUAGAGUCCUGCCCUCACUUUAAUACAACUACACUCUCAUGUUUAAUACGAAAAGAUUCCAUGUCAAUUCAUUUGAAAAGAGUGGCUAAUGUUUUUUUUUUUUUCAUUGAGAACUACCUCAAUGAUUCUUGAACUGAAAUGUAACUACAGAAAAAAGAAAAAUAUAUAUAUUUGCUCAUUAUACAGCACCCAACAGAUCAACGCAAAGAAUAAAAGGAAUUCAUAUAAGCAGUCAAAACCAAGAUUAAAAUAGUAAAACAAGAGUUUUACACACAAUACAUAUAAACAUAUAUAUAUUAUAUAUAUAUAUAAUACACAAACUAGUAUACAAUACACAUGGUAGUAUAUUCACAAAGGUUAACAAUUUAAAAAUACGGAAUAUCACAAGUAAGGAAUUCUAUGGAGAAAACUAAACUUACUGGGAGGUAUAAAAAUUCUGAUAGUGUAAGAAUAGAUCAUUUUUUUUAAUUAACAAGAAUACCUACUUUUAAAAAUGGCCAUUCUUCCCCAAUUAACAUGUUUUCUUCAGCUGUACUUUCUAAAUAUUCUAGGGAAAAAACUGUUGUAAUAUACAGAGUCAGUGUAAUCCCAAUCAAAUCUUAAAAAAUAUUUUUAAAAGUUUUUAGUGUGUGUGAGUGGUAUUCAUAAUAUAAAGUUAGUAUGGAAAAAAGGUAUCAGUACCUAAGAAAAUAUUGAAAAUGAUCUUAAAGAAUUUACUAUAAAGCAACAAUAAAAAAAUAAAAUAAAGCAACAAUGAUUUUAGUUUAUAUUAGCAUAAUGGUUAGGUAGUUAAAUCAAGAAAGAAAAAAAAAGACCUGAAAGAGGGCCUAACAUUUAUAGUAACCUUACAAGCACAUUAGAAUAUUCCAUUACUAAAUAGAGAAACUGGCUGAUGUCUAGAAUUUAAUGUUUAAGAUUCAAGUCACAUCCUAUACCAUUACAGAAAUAAACUCCAGGUGGAGCAAAAUAAGUACAAUACACACUGUACUAAUACUUAUCAAACCUACUACAUGCCAAAUAUUGUCAAGCAUUUUAAUGAGGGACUAUGGGGACAGCUUUAUUGAUCAAAGAAUAAAAAAGAAAUCAAAUAGAGGGAACAAAAUCAAGGCAGAAAAAGGUAAACGAUAUUCACUCUACAUAAAACCAGCAUUUGCCAUAAACAAAAUUAAGACAAAAGGUAAACUAUAAAUUGAGAAAAUAUGUAUAACAACUGAUAGUAGGGUAAGAGUCCUGAUACAAAAAGAAUUCUUACAAGUAAGAAAAUAGGCUUGAUAUAUAAGGAACUCUUACAAGUAAGAAAAUACCAAUUUAUUUCAAAAGAUUUCUGACCAUAAGCCAGAAGUAAAUCACAAAGAAAUCAUCCAUUAAGGUAAAAUAUAUUCAGCCUCACCAGUAGUCAUAUAAACACACUUAGAAACUAGGUCCCAUCUUUAUUAAAAUGGAAGAUAUUUUUUAAAAUAAUAGUCUAUGCAGGUAAUGAAAAUGAGAAAGUCCGUCACCAAAAGCAGUAUGUAAAUUGGUACAGUUUCUGAAAAGCAACUUAAAAAUUUUUAACAACAAAAGGGUAACAAGACCUUUUGAGCCAUCAGUCCACAAUUAAAAAUCUAUUAUAAGGACAUAAUCGAUCAUGAAAAAAAGUUUUGAAUUUCCAAAAGAGAUUAAACAAACUGCUAGUUAUAUAAUGGAAUAUUACUGUCAUUCAAAAUUAGGAUUGAAAGACUAUUUAAUAGGAAAACACUCAUACUCUAUUAAGCAAAGACAAAAACAAAACAAAACACAAUGUAGUAUGAUUCAUAUUCCGAAACAAUACACAUUCCACCACUACCCCCCAAAAAAACCCCCAGAAAAUGACUGUUAAAAAAUAAAUGUGAUUCCUGGAAAACA